AGUUCAACGGACCAAUACCAUGGAUUCAAACACUUCGCCACCGUGCCCCGGCAUCAUCACCGUUCGUCGGAAUCCUCCCCGGAGAGCUCGCGCCACUCCCCAAAUGACGCCGAAAAGCUUCGACUUACCUGAAAUAUCGGUAUUUCCAAACGACGACGUUUUGCCGCCACAAAAGCCCUCAACGUCACCGGAGAACGAAAAUCUAAAGGUUUUCCUCCGAAUUCGACCCCUUUCCUCUUCGCCCAUUCAGGCACCGCGCGUGAGAGGUAAGAGUGCGUGGCCUCAGAACCCCGCGAAAAAGAACGUGCCCGCGGCGGGGGCUAAAAUUUCGAAGAGCAAGAACUCUAGCACGUGUGUAACGGUCAACGACUCGCAGUCAGUGACGUUAUCAACUCCCGUUAGCUGGCAUGAAUCGAAGCGAAUCAAAUCGGAGACUUACGGAGGCUUCUCGCACGUUUUCUCUUCGGGUUCAUCUCAGUUUCAAGUGUACGAGAGAAUGAUGAAACCUUUGGUGGAGGAGUUUCUUGGGGGUAAAAGUGGAAUGCUUGCUGCAUUGGGACCUAGUGGGUCUGGGAAGACUCACACCGUGUUUGGAACCCCUAGGGAUCCUGGAAUGGUACCUCUUGCCCUACGCCAUAUUUUUGAGGACGCUGAGCCACAUGUCAAACAACCAUCUAGAACCUUUUACAUGUCAAUAUUUGAGAUAUGUUCUGAACGAGGUAAAGCAGAGAAACUGUUCGAUUUGUUAUCAGAUGGAGGUGAAAUAAGCAUGCAGCAAUCUUCUGUGAAGGGAUUGAAAGAGGUUCCCAUCUCUAAUAAGGAACAGGCAGAAUCCUUGAUUGCACAAGCAACGCUUAAACGUGCUACUGCAAUGACAAACACUAACAGUCAGUCGAGCCGAUCACAGUGCAUUAUUAACAUUUGUGAUGCUCCCCCAAAAUGUAAAGGGGUGGUCAAUCCUAAGUCAAACAGUGCUGUUUUGACUAUCAUUGACCUUGCUGGGGCUGAAAGAGAAAAAAGAACAGGGAAUCAGGGAGCAAGAUUGCAUGAAAGCAAUUUUAUCAACAACACAUUAAUGGUGUUUGGGUUAUGCUUAAGAUCAUUAUUGGAGCACCAAAAAAAUCGCAAGAAACCAUUGCAGAAGCACUUCCAGAGCUCCAUGUUAACCAGGUACCUGCGAGAUUAUUUGGAGGGCAAGAAGCGCAUGUCCUUGAUUUUAACCGCAAAACCUGGAGAAGAAGAUUAUCUUGAUACUUCUUAUCUACUGAGACAAGCUUCUCCUUACAUGCAGAUCAAGUACAAUGAAGUUGAACCAUCAAAUAUAGUUCCAAAAAAAAGGCAUUACCAAGGUUCAUCAAUAAUGGAUGAUUCAAAACUAUCACCUUUAUCAGAAAAUUUGAAGAGAAUGAGACUUGUUAGUGAACAUACCAAGCAGAAUGAUAAAAACAGUGCCGAAGAAAGGGAGAACAUUACAGAAGACUCUUCAGCACUCGGCAAAUUAGAUGUUAAUAGUUCUGUCUCUUUAAAGUCGGAGUUUGAUAGGCAAGUCCCGAGUGAGAGGAGCCACAUUAUAAUGCAGAAUUUUGCAAAAGUUAUAUGGAAUGUUCUGAAGCAAUAUAAUUCCAAGCUGAAGGUUGCAGAAAUGGAAAUAGAAAGUCUUAAAGAAAGCAUUGUGAAUGAAAAGACAAAAUACUGGAAGAUAGAAACACAGUUGAACGAGUUUAAGGCAAAUUGUACUUGCUGCAAAGUAGGAAAUAUAAAAAAUGAUCCUGAAUAUUGUUCGUCAGUCAGUCUGGUUCAACCACAUAUUGCAGAGCAACAGGAAACAUUUCAUUCAGAGUCCUCAUUUUUGGCUAGAGUUGACCAGUCUGAUGAAGAUGGGCUGGUGCUCAGUACUUCGUGUACGCAGUUAUGUUCUGAAAACUCAGAUAGGGAGGCUUUUUCCUUGACAAAGCCUGAGCAUCAUAGUGCUUCGGAGGUUGAUGAUGGGAGCAAGAUACUUAGUGAAUCAUCUGAUGCACAGUCAUCGUCUGAUGCUAGACUUGACCACUCCGAUGAACGGCCUACACUUGGCACUUCCUGUACACAGCCAGAUGCCAACAUGUCAGAUAGGAAACUUUCAACCUCCUUGUUAAAUGCUGAGGACCAUAAUACUUUGGAGGUUGAGGCUGUGCGCAAGAGAUCAAGUGAAUCAUUUGAUGCGCAGUCAUUGUCUGAGGUUAGACUUGACCUGUCAGAUGAAGAGCUUACACUUGGUACUUCCUGUAGCCAGUUAGAUUGUGAAAAGUCGGAUAGGGAAAUUUCAAUCUCCUUGUCAAAAGCAGAGGAUCAUAAUGCUUCAGAGAUUGAGGCUGUGCGCAAGAUACCAAGUGAAUUGUUCGUUUCGUCAUCAUCGACAGAAGAUGACAAGUUGGAUCCUUUGUCACCACCCAAAGAUGCUUCAUCUACUAAAAUAGACAACCUUGUGGAUCCACGUGAUAAGAUUGGUGUCGAUAUCUCUCGCAAACCUCCUAAGCCAAAAAGGACACUUAUGCCUUCCUCUUCCAUGCUAUCAAGGGACUUGAGUACCUUUGAUCUCUGUGACGAAUCUGAGAAAUCAAAGGGGAAUCGGGGCACGAGGAAGUUAUCUGCACAUGAACCUCAAAGAUCAAAUGGAAGCAUCUCUCUGCUACACUUGUUGCAAUGUGUCGACUUGCCUCUCUGGAAUGUAUCUUCUGCCUUGCAGUUGCAGUUAGCCAAUUACCGCUGACAAAGUUAGUUUUUCGCUGGUAAUCUUGUUUUUCUUUGACAGUGAUGAUAACGAGGAACAAACCAAAAUCCUCGUGUAUCCAUCACAACCUUCACUUUUAAGUUACACUGCACAGGGUAAACUGUAUAUACGAAGUAUCGUUGGUUUGCCAUUCAAGAAAUGUUUAUUUACUUUUCAGCAGUUGUCUGAGAACGAAGAUAUGAGGAAUACCAACUUUUAUUUUACCUA